CAUGUCAUCGCCGAGAUCUCCGCUACACAGAAGCAUCCAAGCGGAGACCUUCCUCGAGUAUGGUGGAUUGGAUCCGGACUGGCGAGCUCGAUGCCCUUCCAUGCUGCAGGGGUGCAUGCGAGAGGGUCAACAGAGAAUGCCUAUAGCAGGAUGAUAUCUUCUUACACGCCAUCAAUCAAGGUACUUGCCUAUGCACGGAACCAGGUAAAGCGGGCCAAGGAAGCACCAGUAGCACAAGAAACAAUGGUUAUUGCAGCAAUGCCGACAUCGCCAAAAGGGCCCGAUGAUAAGAAAGCACCGAAAGACCUCCCUGGAGUCAGAGAAGAGACCGAGGAGCUUCUCAACUCGGCUCGCUCUCAAAUACGUACGACAGUUCUUACGCACCCCAGCGCGGAUCAAGUCUUAGGGGCCCUGAAGACCUGCCGCAUUGCACAUUUUGCAUGCCACGGAACAUCAGAUAUCUUAGACCCUUCCAACGGUGGUCUGAUUCUACAGAAGAGUGCCGGGCCUGACGAGGCUUUCGAACAAGACCGACUCGCAGUCCACCGGGUUUCGGAGCUACGGCUUAGAAGUGCGCAGAUUGCGUAG